AGUCCAAGCCAAUUAUUGGAAAAAGCAAGCAGAAAGGGGUUUUUGUUGUUCUUUAAGCAAUUUGUCAAGCUGACCUGCAGCAAGUGUGGCCAUGGAGGAUUCAACGAGUCACAUUCAAGAAAAAGUAGACAAACCAAACCAUGGGGGAAGCAUUUAGAUCAGAUGAAGAAGCCAAAAAGGGUUUGGCUGCAGCUGCAUAAUAUUCCAAUUUUCCAAUUUGAUGUUCCUAAGAGGGUCCAGGGGAAGAAAUGGUCAUGUCCUCUCGGUUUAACGAAUAUAUACCAUGUGAUGUGA